AUCACACUGGCACUACCUAUCAAAACAAGGCACAAAGAAGGCGGGCCCUAAGGUUCUUAAACUAGCCCUCAACCAUGGAGGUUCGAAAACGACUUGUCAUGCUGGCUACAGCCUUGAUCAGUCUUGCAACCGUAGCGGUGACCCAACUCAACGUGCAUGCAGACAAUCCAGUAGUGCAGCCGGGAGCCUCAGGAUUAGAAGUGGUUGACGCUGUUGUGGAUCUCAUUUACCACUCCUGUAUCUUCCCAGAAGAUUACUUGUUUCUCCGACGGCUUGCCUAUCUGGAAACAGAGGAUGGAAAGGCGCCUAGCACUUACAUGAUGAACACGUAUUACAAUGGCAUAUGGAGGACGAAUAAAGAUAUGUUCUUCAACACCCAACAACAAAGCUCACCAGCCUUACUGGCAGCCCACAGGAAGAUUGAAGCAGCUUUCGGAAUCAACUGGCAGAGUGUGAGGUGGGAGGACCUUCAGAAGCCGCUCUACUCCGCUCUUGCUGCCAUGCUGACCAUCACCUACAGGGGUCUUCAAAUACCAUCAGCCCCCAAUGAUCAAGCAUCUUUUUGGCUGAGUAACUUUCCAUCAGGCGGAUCAUCAACUAUCACAUGGGAAAACACUUGCAGCGGGACAGAGCAAGCCGACGUCGUCUUUGUCAUCGACAGCGCCACCUCCAGCGAGAACUUUAGAUAUAUGCAGGACUACCUCCAGCGUGUUGUAUACGGGCUUCCCGUGGACAACGGUAACGUCCGGGUAGCUCUGUAUCAAAUUGGAGGCUCUUCCAUUCCUCACAGGGAUUUCAGCUUGGGAACGAAUCUUAUAAAAAGCAGUAUUAUGGAUACCAUUUCUUGGACUUCUCAAACAUAUUCACUGACCUUGUUAGCACCUGACAUAGGUAGCCAGCUUCAGCACAUUAUAGAAGAGGCCUUUGCAUCAUCAUCACAGCGUCCGAACGCUGCCAAGAUCAUUGUCUUGGUCACAGACAAACAUCAAAACAACUUGAUUGGCAUGCAGACAGCAAGGGAUAUGGCAACAGCUGAAGGAGUGUCUGUGUUUACUGUGGGGGUCGGCGAUGAGGCACUUAUGACCUCUCUUGCCCAUGUGGCAACUCAGCCUGAGUGCGACCAUCAGAUACGGGUCGACCAAUUUGUCUCCUUGAGCAGCAUUGCUCAACAGACACAGUUCAAAAUAUGCAGAGAACCCAUGAUUGCCCUUGGAGGGGUCCGCUGUCGUCUGGACCAGUGUCGCAACAUAGCUUUCCCCAUGACCUCACCACAAAUGACAGUCAGAGCCGCCACCAACUGCAGCAGCGGAAUAAUCUACGUCUCCACUCGUAGCCCGAGGCCCACCGGAAGUUUCUGGGAUGCGGAGGACCUGGUUGUGGACGCUACUUCCAACGCAGCUCAUGCGUCGGUCUCUGGCAGCUCGCCAUACGUUUAUGCAACAUUCACUGAGGUCAUUCUUGGGGCUUCAAGCUGCUACGCCGUGAUCGAAGCGUACGACGGAUUAACAACACCAUCGCACCCGCAAACAAUACCGACAAUUUACUAUCCGGAUCCGAAUCCUUGCCAAGCGCUGGGUAGAACAGAAGACCGGUUUGCCUAUCCAUUUAACACCCGCAUGUUCAUACAAUGCGAUCUGCAGGACAGGAUGUACCUGACCAUAUGCCCGCCUGAAGUGCCUACCUUCGACCCAAACUGCAAAUUCUGCGUUGGACCGAGCGUACCUUCCCUAGCCAGGUGCACUCAAGGGACCAAUGACUUAUGUGGUCUCUCUUCUAACCCCUGCACCAAGUACAACCUGCUCAACAACAACUACUUCUUUGCGUGUCCCAGAGACAGCAGCGAGUACCUGCAGUGCGACCCUUGGGGCAAUCCCCACGUGCAGUCUUGUCCGUCGUCAGCGGUGUGGCAACAGGACCAGCUGAGCUGCGUUUUUCCACAGGAGUCUGGCCUCUGUGUCGGCAGCUCCCAGUAUGUACCCGACCCCGCUGAUCCCCACAGUUAUUAUCUGUGCUACAGCCAUCAGGCUUACCAUUUGACGUGCUAUCCUCCCACAUACAUAUGGAACCAGAUGUCGAACAGCUGCCAGACUUUUACCACCACCACCACCACUGCCACCACUACCACCCGCAUCAACGGGGUCGACCGUACCCUUUGUACCCCUGAAAACAUCGCGGCAGACAGGCUGUACUUCCCGUACGCCGAAGACGAGACCAAGUACAUCCAGUGCGACCUAUGGGGGGAUGCUUUCCUCAAGUCCUGCCAGCCAGGCUUCCGCUUCCUUCCCGAGUCCAGCACUUGUGUCUAAUCAGACAUCAGUCCUACACGUUGUAAAUGGUAGAAGACGCUUGAGCCUUGCAAACUGCUAUGUUUGUAUGUACAGCUUAUUUCAGAUGUCUGUAUCUUGUAACGGAAUGUAAGUUAAAUUCCAGAGAACUGCGCUCACUAUUUCUUCUUUGUUGAACUGCACAGUUCAGUUGAAGGGUAUGCAAACGAUUAACAAGUAUAGUUCCUCCAUUUCAAACACGAUAGUUUCGCUGAAAAAAGACUAGAAAAAGGUCAGAAGUAGAAAAUCUCCACGGCUUGACCUUUGUCAAUGGCCCGCUCAGAGUUCGUUCAAAAUUACACAAUAAAUGUUAUUUGGUUUAUUACACAAAAGAACGAUUUAUUAUUCAAGAAAUGUUACUUGAUUUGUUACACAACAACACUUGGUCUAUUACACACUAAUACUUGGUUUAUUAUGAAAUAAGUAAUGCUUGGUUUAUUAUGCAAUAAAUGUUUCUUGAUUGUUGCUUUAAUACAAAAUGUAUACAGACGCAUGCACGAGUGAUAAUGCGAAUGCCAGAUUGUGGAAAUAUGUACAUUGUGCUUCUUAAAUAAUGUUUUUUGUCUGUAAACAACGAAAAAAAUAAAGUCAAUGUCAAAAAUGUG